AUGGCUCCCAUUGCUAAGAAGUCCGGCAAGGUCCAGAAGCAGACCAAGAAGUUCAUCAUCAACGCUUCGCAGCCCGCCGCCGACAAGAUUUUCGACGUGGCCGCGUUUGAAAAGUUCCUGCAGGAGCGCAUCAAGGUCGAGGGCCGCACCAACAACCUCGGCGACGACGUCGUCAUCCAGCAGCAGGGCGAGGGCAAGAUCGAGGUCAUUUCGCACAACGACCUCUCGGGCCGCUACCUCAAGUACCUGACCAAGAAGUUCCUCAAGAAGCAGCAGCUCCGCGACUGGCUCCGCGUCGUCUCCACCUCGCGCGGCGUUUACGAGCUCAAGUUCUUCAACGUCGUCAACGACGAGGCGGACGAGGAUGACGAGUAA